AGGGGUGGAAACAAGAGGCUGGUGGUCUUUGUGGAAGCCCAGAAAAAGAAAGCAUUUCCUCCCUGGAAAGCACGGUCUUUAAGAGUUGAUCCAGCUGGGCUUGUCAGUCACCUAGCCAGGAGACCAACUCUUAGCAAGGCUGAUAUGCCUGAAGACUGUUAAGGUGGCUCCACCAGUCCAAGCUCAUCAACUCUCAGGAAAAGGCCCAUGGCUACCACAGGAGACUGCCCAGAGACCAGAACUGACCCCACCCCACUCCUGCCCACUGAGAUUAUGAGUGGCUUUUAAGGAGGCUGGUUCAUAAAUUCAGCAUGCCAGAGGACAACGAAACCAGAGGACUCUCUAAAGGCUAACCCAUUGUCUUCAUUUCCUUGGGGAUUGAAACGCGUGAUGGUGAGUUCCUCAGAGAAGUGAAAGUGACCUAGAGGGACCCAGUAAUUCCUGUUAUCAGCCGGCUUUAUAAGUCAGUGAACCGGGCGCUGUCUUCAUCCAGCCAGAAGUACCAGGAGUGCAAAGAUGUCCCUGUGCCGGGCUUCCCCACGCCUGGCCUCCCUACUGCUCCUCAUGCUUGCCCUCCAUGGUGCCCUGGCCCUGAGGCUCUGCUCCUUCAAUGUGAGGUCCUUUGGAGAGAGCAAGAAGGGAAACCAUGAAGCCAUGGAUAUCAUUGUGAAGAUCAUCAAACGCUGUGACCUUAUACUGUUGAUGGAAAUCAAGGACAGCAACAACAACAUCUGUCCCAUGCUGAUGGAGAAGCUGAAUGGAAAUUCACGAAGAAGCACAACAUACAACUAUGUGAUUAGUUCUCGGCUUGGAAGAAACACGUACAAAGAGCAGUAUGCCUUCCUCUACAAGGAGAAGCUGGUGUCUGUGAAGGCGAAAUACCUCUACCAUGACUAUCAGGAUGGAGACACAGACGUGUUUUCCAGAGAGCCCUUUGUGGUUUGGUUUCAUGCGCCCUUCACUGCUGUCAAGGACUUCGUGAUUGUCCCCUUGCAUACAACUCCAGAGACCUCCGUUAAAGAGAUAGAUGAGCUGGCUGACGUGUACACAGAUGUGAAAAGCCGAUGGAAGGCAGAGAAUUUCAUCUUCAUGGGUGAUUUCAACGCCGGCUGCAGCUAUGUCCCCAAGAAGGCCUGGAAGAACAUCCGUUUGAGGACAGACCCCAAGUUUGUUUGGCUGAUUGGAGACCAAGAGGACACCACGGUCAAGAAGAGCACCACCUGUGCCUAUGACAGGAUUGUGCUUUGUGGACAAGAGAUAGUCAACUCUGUGGUUCCCCGUUCCAAUGGUGUCUUUGACUUUCAGAAAGCUUAUGAGUUGUCUGAAGAGGAGGCCCUGGAUGUCAGUGACCACUUUCCAGUUGAGUUUAAGCUACAGUCUUCAAGGGCCUUCACCAACAACAGAAAAUCUGUUUCUCUCAAGAAGAGAAAAAAAGGCAAUCGCUCCUAGGUAUCAUGCUGCCAUUUUUUUUUAAAGCCAUUCUUUGCUUCCAGAUAAAAUGGCUCUCAUAGGUCUAAGCUAUCUGCACACUCAGGAAUUAAGACUGGCCAAGCUGCUUUCAUUGUCCAUUUGAGUUAAUUUUGCCUGGAACCAAGUUGGGAGGAAAGUCUUCUGUUACGUCACCUGGACCCCCCAUACCAUCACUGGUACCCUGCGUAACAUUGCCACUAUUUAGGCAGAAGGACAGACAUCAGCUGUCAGUCUCAGCUGCCAAGCUCACUGGGCAUCCUGUUUCUUAGAAAUGAGCACAAACGGCAAGACUUGGCAUGGUAUGAUAACUUUAUGAUGGAGGUAAUGAAACUCACUUGCUUGGGUUCAGAAGAGUGAAGGACACUCCCACUUUGCUGUCCUGACCAUCCCUACUCACAGCCAACCCCUACCCACACUUCACCCUUACCCACAGCCCACCCCUACCCACACUUCACCCUUACCCACAGCCCACCCCUACCCACAGCCCACUCCUACCCACAGCCCACCUGUACUCACAGCGCUGCGCAUAAGCCAUCUCCAUGUCCUGAGCUCAGUCUUCAGACAUCAGGAAGGUUUCCAUUAUCUGACAGUCAGCCUCACUUUGGAUGCAUGCUCCAACAGCGCCUUCCUGUCUUCCCUCCUUUCUCCCUUUCAUCUCCUUCCUUGUGCCCAUCCCUAAAGGGGCUCAACCUUGUGUGCCUGUCCUGUUCCAACUGUUCCCAGUCACAUAUCCCAUGUCUCCCUGCAACACUAAGCACACUGUUCGCUACCAUGGCUAGCACUGCAGCUCACUCCAGCACAAGCCCCAUUGGCGGCCUCGGACCAGAGGCUUCAUUCCCUUCCUGCCACUCCUGGAAUCUUGCUUGUAUGCAGGGUGCCCAUUUUUGUGCAUUUUGCUUUGUUUUCCUGCAUAUUCUUUCUUUAUUCUUGCACAUGAACACCUGUACUCAGGAACAGUGAAGAGCAAUGACCUGUCUGGCCCUACUCCCCAUCUCGGAAGCAACCCCUCCACACAGCUGCAGGCUCCCGGAAGAUGUCUACACAUAAACAAACACCAUGCGUAACCUGAAGAAAUACAAAGUAUAUUACACUGUAAA